UUUUAAAGCGGCAGUGUAGCUUAGCUUUAUAGUCAGAAUUAUCCUUUGAUUGCUGACCCGUGGAGCUGUGUUUCUAGAGCAAGAUGAAAUCUCUGUGGUUUUGUCUUCUGGUGGCACUCUGUGCCUCCUUGGUUAUAUGUAAACCACCUCCAGAGAAAAAGGAUCGUGUCCAUCAUGGCAAGGACCUGAGUGACCAUCACCACGAUGACAGCAAGGACUUCCAGUAUGAUCAUGAAGCUUUUCUGGGAAAAGAGGAAGCUAAGACCUUUGAUCAGUUGACCCCAGAAGAAAGUCAAGAAAGACUAGGGAAAAUAGUUGCUAAAAUAGACAAAGAUAAAGAUGGCUUUGUUACUCAAGUAGAAUUGAAAGACUGGAUUAAGCAUACACAGAAUCGGUACAUCUAUGAGAAUGUGAACAAACACUGGGCAGAUUAUGAUAAAAACAAAGAUGAUAAGAUUGCGUGGGAUGAGUACAAGAAUACCACUUACGGUUAUUACGCAGGGGAAGAAUUUAAUGAUGUGCCUGACAGAGACACCUACAGGAAGAUGAUGAAACGUGACGAGCGGCGAUUUAAAAUUGCAGAUAAGGAUGGUGACAUGAUUGCGACUCGCGAGGAGUUCACUGCUUUCCUACACCCAGAGGAGUUUGAUUACAUGAAAGACAUAGUGGUCACAGAAACCUUAGAAGAUAUUGAUAAAAAUGGAGAUGGUGGAGUGGAUGUCAAUGAAUACAUAGGUGACAUGUAUAGUGCAGAAAAUGAUGGGCCAGAACCAGAUUGGGUGCAGACAGAACGCAAACAGUUUCUGGAAUUUCGUGACUUGAAUAAAGAUGGGAAAAUGGACCGUGAUGAAAUCAGCCAUUGGAUCCUACCUCAUGACUAUGAUCACACGGAACUAGAGGCCAAGCACCUCAUUUAUGAGUCUGACAAAGACAAGGAUGAUAAACUGACCAGAAAGGAAAUUUUGGAUAAUUGGAACAUGUUUGUCGGUAGCCAAGCAACCAACUAUGGUGAAGAUUUGACAAGACGGCAUGAUGAAUUCUAAUUGGCUUUAUCUUGCAUACAUUUCAGAACUCCUUAUACAUCAGCACAUUGUUGGUGCUAUCAAUCUUGGAAUCCGAUUUAUUUCCAUGAAAAAAACAGGAUGGGUUACAUGGCCACAUUUGUCAAUUAGUUUUUGUAAAGAGGUUUCCUUUUAUAAAUGUCAGCUACUAAUUCUGUGAAACACUCAGGAAAUAUAGAAGUGAUAAGACGGACAUAGCUGUGGCCCAUAAAGAGAUGUAUAUAAUAACCCCAUCACACAAAAGGUUUUCUUUGUGCCGCUAUUGAAUCAUAUUAUUAUUUUUUUUUUUUUACUUGCAAGAUUGUUUGUUUAAAUAAAAUCCUUAACAUUUUGGACAUAAGAAUGACUAUAGCUAAAUGGGGGGGAAAGCUACUUAUCCCAAAAUAUGGUAUUAUUUACAUAUAUAAAAUACAAUUUUCUUGGGGAAACAAAUGCGGUGAAAAUAAAAAUGUAAUGGAUAGAAGUGAGCCAUGUGAACAAUUACAGUAAUUUAUAGAAAGGAAAUGUAGAGGGCUGUUUUCUUCUUUUUAUUUAUGGAGCCUAUUCACAAAAAGAAUAAGAUUUUACUCUACAUUUAAAGGGACAGUGUAUUCCAGAAUUUCUAUAUAUUUUUUUUAUUAAAGAUAAUUAAUCCCUUUUAUAACCCAUUCCUAAGUUUUGCAUAUCCAUCAUGGUUAUAUUUAAUAUAGGUUUACCUCUGUGGUUACUUUGUAUCUAAGGCUAUGCAGACUGCCCCCUUAUUUCAGUUCUUUUCACAGAUUUGCAUUUUAGCCAAUCAGUGUUGGCUUGUAGGUAAAUCCUCAGGAGUGAGCACAAUGUUAUCUAUAUGGCCCACAUGAACUAGCACUGUCUAGCUGUGAAAAAUUGUCCAAAUGCACUAAGAGGUGGCCUUCAAAGGCUUAGAUAUCAGCAUAUAAGGUUCCUAGGUAUAGCUUUCAACAAAGAAUACCAAGAGAACAAAGCAAAUUUGGUGAGUUAAAAAAAAAAAGUAGCAAAGAUUAAAUCUGAUUAGAAAGGUAAGUGAAACAGGAAUUAUGUACCUUACUAUAAUACUAUAAAAGAAAAAUUUGGGGAAAAAAAUGUCCCUAAUGAUUCUGCAAUAUUUGUGUCCACUGAGCAUAGAAACAAGAUGCAGUAUUUGUAACAUACCCUUUUUGGAAUGCAAAUGUUACAAGUAAUAGAAUACAGAUUACCCUGUCUUUUAAAACAGAAUUUAAAAAAUGUUUUUAUAUUUUUAAUAGGAUUCUAAUAUUUCAACAACAAUAAGAGCAAUGCACCUCUUGAGACAACUCUAACAUUUGAUCCAGAAGUGGAACAGAUAAGAAAAAAAAUAUAUAUAUCCAGUAUCUGGAUUAGUUUAAGGUUGCAAGAUUUAAUGAAAGCAUAAAUAUGUUGCUGUGUUGGUUGUACCUCACUUUCUAUAAUAAAAUGCCUAGUAGGUGAGUGAGAUAUUGUAAGUUUUGGUUUAUUUGUAUGUAUGUGAUAGAACUGUGGCCAAAGAUUACAACAUUGUGAUCCAAGAAAGACUUCCUCUGUGAAAGUACUAAUAUCGGAAUAAAAAUACAAUGUUACAUACAA